CGUCACAUCCCAAAACAGAUAGCUUGUGCUUCUUAAAGCAGGACAUCACCUCAUGUUUAGCCAGUUUCCUUCCUCUUUUAACUGCUAAAUUAAAGCCAAGUUCCCCUGAAACAUGGCGGGUUUACCUCCGGGGGACCCGCAGCUGGUCUCUAUGAUCGUCAGUCAUUUGAAAACACAGGGGCUCUUCGACCAGUUCAGGAGGGACUGUCUGGCAGACGUUGAUACAAAGCCAGCUUACCUGAACCUGAAGCAAAGAGUGGACAACUUUGUCUCCAAUCACCUCUCUAAUCACACAUGGAGCCCUCAUCUGAACAAAAACCAGCUGAGAAACAACAUCCGACAGCUUGUCCUGCAAUCUGGCAUGCUGGAGCAGGGGGUGGACAGGAUUGUGGCCCAGGUAGUGGACCCCAAAGUCAACCACAUCUUCAGGCCGCAGGUGGAGAGGGUGGUCCGUGAAUUUCUGUCACCGGGCAGCUGCUCUGAGGAGCCGACAGCUCCUCUGAUACCAGCAGAGAUCAAGACAGACGGCAGCGUUCCUGAACAAGCUUCGUCAUCAGCUCCAACUCCGAAUACAGGCAGAAGUGUCAUGUCCAUCCUGGAUACCAUAACGUGUCUUAAUCAGGAGGCAAGUGUCAGGACCAGCUUAGCAACCGAAAAGGGCGGUAAAACCCAAGUUCUGGAAGAGCCUAUGGAGCUGGUGGAUGAGAACGAGCAAGACAUGGAGGUUGUUGAGGAAAGUGACAGUAACCAUGAAGGGAAGCCACUGGAAGAGGCAGUGGAGGCAAAAGUGGCAGCAGAAGUCCAAGCAGCAGAAGUGAAAACAGAAAACCUGGAGGAGCAGAUGGAAGUGGAGAAAGAACAGUUAAAAGAGGAGGUUAAAAUUGAGGAGGAGGAAUCAGGAGCUCCAGGACAAACGGAGGAAAAGAAAGAACAACCUACAAGCAAACUGAGUGGAAAGGUCUCAGAAGAGAAAUCGGAUGAUGAGGCAGUGAAAUCUACAAGCCAGGCCAAACAGAAGGCCAGAGAGAGGAUAAAAGAGGAAUACUCUUUGGAGGACUCUGACCUUGAAGGCCUGAGUGACAUCACAGUGAGCUCUGUCCACACGAGCGACCUCUCCUCUUUCGAGGAGGAAAGUGACGAGGAGGAAGAGCCCUUUUAUUCUUCUGAAGAGGGCGAGCUUCCAACAGAUGAUCAAGGUGUGAAUGCCGAGAGGAAACAUACUGGCGAGGAGACAGAAGGUGAAGACAAAGAGCGCAAACCGCGUCGCAAGGCAUAUGUCCACAAACCCUUCCUCUACUCCCGUUACUAUAGCGACUCGGAUGAUGAGGUCACUGUGGAGGAGCGCCGCAGAUCUGCCGCAAAAGACAAAGAAGAAAGGCUGCUAAAGAGACAGCAGAACAGAGAGCGGAUGGAGGAGAAGCGUAAACAGAAAGCCGUGCAGGCUGAAGAGCAAGACUGCAAAAAAGACACUGCUGGGCUGGAGGGCCCCAAAGCCAAAGAAGCCCGCAAAGAAAGGAAAGUUCUGGAGAAGAAAAUGGCGCUGAACAGGAAGCGGAAGCUAGACUCAAGAAAAGAGGGAGAUGUUUUGAGUAAGAAGAAAGGAGAUGGAGGAGAGAUAUCCAGGAAAGUGGAAGUGAAACCCUCAACCUCAAAGACCCCACAAGCUAAACUGGUGAGAAAUCCGUCCGAAUCUGCAUCCUCUGAUGACCGGCUUGGGCGGACCAGUGGCAACGUGUCUGAAGAUUCCUCUGACACAAAGAAGCUGGCUGACAAAAGCCGGACGCACUCCUUCAUUCUGGAUCUGGAGCAAGGCUCCCAGGAGGCUCUUAAACAACGCUCGUUUGGGAAAUUUGAUCGUCUGCCCCGCAAAGAACGCAAGGAGAAGGAACGCAGCCAGUCUGAUGAACGUUCCAAGCUCAAACUAAAGUACGAGAAGAAAUCUGAGCAUCCAGUGGAAGAACCUCUGCAGAAAGAUGCCAAUACUAAAGUUUCUUCUGAAGAAAAACUAGAGAAGAAGAUUAAGAUCAAAAGUGAGAAGAAAAUGUCUGGGAGCGCUCGAGAAGCAAAGGUGGCGGAAGACAACACUGACGACGGAGGGUCUAAAGAUGCCAAGAAGAUAAAAGGGGGGUCUGUGGAGAAGGACAAAAUAAAGGAAAAAGAUAAGAGCAAAGAAAAGGAAAAAGCUAAAUUGGACAAAUCUUCAAUUAAAUGUGACAUGAAGCAGCCACUCCGCCCAGAUUCUGCAGGAUCCUCUGAGGAUCGGUCUGACAAGGAGCCUGGCUCUGACAGCAUCAAGAAGAGGGAGAAACACUCCAAGGAAGUGUUGAAAAGGUCAAAGAGUCACUCUGAGGACAGACCAGGAGAUAAACCCAAAUCUAAAACAGAUAGUGAGAAAGAACGGAGCAAAGCAGACAGCCAGAAGACACACAAAUCAAAUGCUGAAACUGACAAAAAUUCCAAAACAAUUUGGCUUGCGGAAAAAGAAAAGAGUGCAGAAAAAUCAAAGACAAAAUCCAAAGAGGAGGGAAAGGCUUCAUUCUCGGUGAAGACAGAAAAGAAACCUCAAAGUCCUGAUGUUAGAAGUGCAGGAGGAGCUGGUAUCUGUAAGCCUGAAGCAGUGAAAGGGAAGAAAAAAGAUGGCACCAAAGAACAGAAGAAAGUGUCUGAAGAUGCUUCACAUGAGACAUCAGAGCUUAAAAGUUCAAAGAAAAAGCUAGAGAAGAAGGAUAAAGUUCCAGAAAAGAAGGGUGAGAGUCAAGAAGAUAAAGACGACAGACCGGAAACCUCGGAUAAACCCUCCAAGUCUUCAGUAUCUGCAUUAACUGCUGAGACAGAAGAGUCUCCAAAGAAACAACCUCCUCUCCAAGAAGCGAGCACAGAGUCUGAUCCCAUCACCACCACCGUCACCACGUCCUUCUCAGAUGACACUUGCGACGCUUUAAGCGACAUCACCCCCGAGCCAUCCGAGGGCGAGACGGAGUCACGGAUCUGCGAAAUAGCAGGAGUACCUGCCGAGGCCGACGCUCUGCUGACGCUCAUGGAUGUCUGUACGUCGGCAGAGGCCAGACUUCCAUCUGGGAACGUCAAAGAUAAGGUGACCCCCGAGAUGGACCUUCAGGACGCUGACAUGAAGAUGAAGGAGGCAGCUCUGACCCUGCUCUCCAUGGAUCCCGAUAGUACCGUUUCCUCCAGCUUAAGCGUCCAAGACAUGAGGGAGGAAUCACUGCACUGUUCACCUGAUCCACAAUGGAUUGAAACUACUGCACCUGAGGAGAAACGCCUCUCUCCAACAGAGAUGGCACCUCAAACAGAGCUUAUCGUCACUCAAGCCUCACUGGCUUCCCCUCAGCUAGCAGCUGCCACUGAAGAGGAUGCAUGCUUCUCUCCAGGGGAGGCGUCCCUUCAGAUUGAACCAAGUGUCCCUGAAACUGCAGUGGCUACAUCUCAACAAACUGCAGCAGGUGAGGCGGAGAAGGAGCUCUCUCCACUGGAGGUAGCACCUCAGAUUGACCUUCCUGCGACUGAAACCUCACUGACUUCAUCUGAGCAAACAGCCAAAGCCCAGCAGGAGAAGCAGUUCCAUCUAGUGAAUGCAUCACCUGUAAAUGAGCUCACUGCCACUGAAUCCAUACCAGCUGCAUUUCAACAAGCUGCUGCAGCUGAAGAGGAGAAGCAGCUCUCUCCGGGUCAAACAGCACCAGAAACUGAGCUCACUGCAACUGAAGCCUCACCUGCUGCGUCUUUACAAACUGCUGCAGCUGAAGAGGAGAAGAAGCUCUCUCCGGGUCAAACAGCACCAGAAACUGAGCUCACUGCAACUGAAGCCUCACCUGCUGCGUCUUUACAAACUGCUGCAGCUGAAGAGGAGAAGCAGCUCUCUCCGGGUCAAACAGCACCAGAAACUGAGCUCACUGCAACUGAAGCCUCACCUGCUGCGUCUUUACAAACUGCUGCAGCUGAAGAGGAGAAGAAGCUCUCUCCGGGUCAAACAGCACCAGAAACUGAGCUCACUGCAACUGAAGCCUCACCUGCUGCGUCUUUACAAACUGCUGCAGCAGACGAGGAGAAGAAGCUCUCUCCGGGUCAAACAGCACCAGAAACUGAGCUCACUGCAUCUGAAGCCUCACCUGCUGCGUCUUUACAAGCUGCUGCAGCUGAAGAGGAGAAGAAGCUCUCUCCGGGUCAAACAGCACCAGAAACUGAGCUCACUGCAUCUGAAGCCUCACCUGCUGCGUCUUUACAAGCUGCUGCAGCUGAAGAGGAGAAGAAGCUCUCUCCAGUGGACCCUGCGGCUCUAACAGAACUUACUGCAACUGAAAGUUUACCAGCUGCAUCUCAACGAGCCACCACUGCAGCUGAGGACAAAAAGCAGCUCUCUCCAGUCCAAACGGCACCAGACGCUCAGCAUCCUCCAACUGAGACAACAUUGGCUGCCUCUCAACAAGCUGCUUCAUCUAAUGAAAAGAAGUGGCGCAAUGAAGUUCAAGCAGCAUCUCAGGCAGAAACCUCAUCAUCUGCAUCUGAACUUACUGCUGCAGUCCAUCUGUGUCUGGAUCACCCAGAACACUGCGAAUCCAAGAUGGACACAAGCGGGAUGGACAUGUCAGAGAUGGCUCCUCCGCAGGAAGAUGAGGCCAGUUCAGACCAAUGUCCAGCUCCUUUGAAGGAGGAAGAAACUUCAUCAGAGACGCAACCAGAAACAAUAAUGGCAGCACCAGCAGAGAAAGACAGCGAGUUGUUAGCUGCCGUUGUGCCAGAAACAGAGAAGCUCACCGGCAGCACAGGAGAGGGUACAGCUGGAGAUGUUUCUGACACCACUGGACACAUUUCAGAAUUUCCCAGGAACUCUGAACAAGCAGAGCAAACCGCUGCAGUCACAGAGACCGGCCCGGAGGCAGUGAAGGGUGAAGGGGAAGAAAACCAGACAAAGGUUGAUGAAUGUGAAACUGAGUGUAAGACAGCAGAGGAAAAAACUGUUACACCAGAGGAAAGUGAUCUGGACAAAAUGGAAGUCAACAAAACUGAGGCGGGGGAAACCGACUCAGAGAUUAGAUUAUUCAAACAAAUCAGUACCGUCUCAAGCACAGAGAGUCAGGAAGAUGAGAAGAGCUCCGACGUAUCAGAAAAGGAAGAGAAGACGGAUAGAACAAGAGGACGUAAAAGAAAGCUUUCAAUUAAAAAUGAUACAAAGGAUGAAAAGACUGAGCAGCUGUCUGUGGAGGAAAGUGAGCGGGAGAAGGCCGUCGCGUUAAAAGCGCCUCGCAGAGGGCGAUCCUCCAAAAACACGGAGCAGGUGGAAAGAGAUCAGCAAAAACAACCAGAGGGAUCGGAGAAGACUGCGGGCCGUAGAGGAAGACGUUCAGCAGUCGUAGCUGAAGAGGCAACAGACGAUAAUCAGAAGAAAAAUGAGGCAAAUGUUGAGGACAGCCCUGGUCAAAUAGCAACACUGAAAGAAGCAGAAAAAGAAGAGAGCCCUGAACUUAAAGACGAAGCACAGAAAAGUAAUCAAAGCAGAAGUGAAGUCAAUCUGCCUCCUCCGUCUCCAGAGGAACAUGAAGUUAUUGGAAGGUCGGAGACCUGGGACACACGUCAGCCAGAAGUAAAGAGGAAGAGAUCGGAGGAAACAGAGGAGUCUGGAGAGGAAGGUGAGGCUCAGCAGGGGGUGACAGAGAGUGAACAAGAACAAAGUGAGGAACAAGAUGACAAAAAUGGGGGAUUUACCACGUCUCAGAGCCAAUCAGAAGAUGUGAAAGAGCAAAGCUGCAGUGAGAAGAAGCCAGACGCUGAGGAGCAUCAAGACCAAGAGGCAGCUCCAAAGAGACCUGCUCGGAGGGGACGGCCACCAAAGGCGGCUGCUGCUGCAGGCGAUUCAGUUAAGGAGAGUAAACCAGAUGAGGGGGAAGGUGAGAAAAACGAUGAAGAGGAGGAAAGCGACAAUGAAGAAGAGGAGGAAAAGGAAAGUGCAACCAGAGCAACGACUCGGUCUGCGUCUCGUCUUGAGGCUGAAAGAAACAAGCCAAGUAAACCCUCCACCCGGGCGAGUCGACAGAGCGGUAAAGAGGAGACCACAGCUGGCACGCGCGGGACGAGGGCCCAGGCUUCAGCCAAGGGGGGCCGUAAACGGGAGGCCAGCCCCCCUGCUGUGCGAACACGCGGAGGACAGAAAUCAGAGGAGCCCCCUUCGAAGAGAGCCAAACGCUGAGACCUCUGACAGCGGUGGAACGCCGCUCCCCCUCAGUGUUAUUUUUACUCCGCUUGUUCUGAGAUUUUGCAGUCAGUUGGCAUUUUGAAACAGUUUGUGUUUCAUUGACGGUCUGUAUCGAAAAUGCUCUGGAUAUUAUUAUACACUCUGCUCUGAUGGCUGAGUGUAAACCCGAGGAUCUGUAAGGAAUCCCUCAGAAUACCUUCUGCUGCUCCGCGCCCAUAUGGUUCGGAUCACACUCAUCAUUCCAUGGUUUAUUCAGUAAUUCCCAGUGAACCGGAGCAUUUCAGACCAAUCAAAGGCCUAAUGUGCAGCCGAGCUGAGCUUUGAGAUAAAGAGGCAGAAUCAGAAUUAACUGUCAGUCAGCAGAGAGGCCACAUCUCAGUCAGUCACAGACGUCUCUGUUACUCCUGCACGGUUGUUAAAGACAUCUAAUCUCUGGUGUGCAUUUUAUUCCCUAAUAUUCAUUCUGUGAAUGAAAGUAAACCGCUUUCCUUCACUUUUCUGUCUUUAUAUCCACUGAAAUGCAGUGUUGGCUUUAAAGAGGAGAGCUACUGGAGUUUUGCUGUAAACACAGGGAUUUUUAUCACCAGCUGCUGCAACGAAAGUGCAGUUCUUCCUGGAAGUGGUCCAGAACGUUUUCAUGCUAGAAGUCCCUACAAACACGUUUGUUUCAUGAAUGUAAAGUAGUCAAUUAUGGAUCCGUUUCAGUUGUUAUAUUUCUGUUUCUUUUAAAUUCAUUUCUUGAAUGCAAAGGAGUUGUUUUUUGUAUCAGCAUUCAGUCAUGUAUUUCCUUAUACACCUGUGACACAUGCAUUGGUUGCCUGAUUAGCAUAAACACACCUCAUAAAUUUAAACAGGACUCACUGUAUAGUUUACAAGGCCAAAAGUAUUCUUAUCCCCGUGAACUUUUUUAUGUUUUGUCACAAUUGCAAACUUCAAUGUAUUUUACUGGAAUUUGAUGUGAAAGACCAACAUAAAGUAGUGCAUAAUUGUAAUGUGGAAAGAAAAAAAUAAACGUUUUUUUUUAAAUCUUUUCUAAAAGAUAUCUGAGAGGUGUGGUGUACAUUUAUAUAAAGCCCCACGGAGGUAACACUUUCUGGCUAUAUCUCUACCAGCUUUGAAGAAAGGCCAACUAUUACUUAAUAUUUUCAGUGGCAUUCCAAUUUGAGCUUUAACUAGGCCAUUCUAAAAUAAAUAUGUUUCCCAUUUAGCUCUGGC